AUGGCAAAAGGACGACGGACAUUCAUCGUAGGCGCGGGAUGCACCGCGUUCAUCAAGCCGCGUGGUUUGCGCAGUACCGAGGACAUGGGCUUGGAGGCCACAACCAAAGCUCUGCUUGAUGCUGGUAUAACAUACGAUGCAGUGGAGACUGCCUAUGUUGGAUAUUGUUACGGCGACUCAACCAGCGGACAGCGUGCUCUCUACAACCUUGGCCUCACCAACAUCCCAAUUACUAAUGUCAACAAUAACUGCUCAACGGGAUCCACUGCGCUCUACAACGCGAAUCUUGCUGUUAAAUUCUCCCAAGUCGAGUGUGCGCUUGCUCUUGGCUUUGAGAAGAUGAAGCCAGGCAGUCUUGGCACUAACUUUCCCGACCGCAUUCCUCCGACCGCGCUCCUUCACCUACGAAGCGAAGAUAUCGAGCGACAGGCACUUGGAGAAAACCACGGGCCUGGUGCGCCCCGGAUCUUCAGCAAUGCUUCUGCGGAAUAUUUCCAGAAGUAUGGUGGGGGAAUGGAGCACCUCGCUCAAAUCGCCUCGAAGAAUCACAAACACUCAGUCAAUAACCCAUACUCGCAAUUUCGCGAUGGAUGGAGCGUCGAACAAGUCAUGAAAGCGCCGAAGAUUACCAAUGAGCUCACUAAGUUCAUGUGCUCUCCAACCUCCGACGGCGCCGCGGCAUGUAUCGUUGCUUCUGAAGACUUUGUUCAUGCACACGGACUCGAGAAUCAAGCCAUCGAGAUAGUUGCUCAGGCUUUGGCAACAGAUGGUCCCGAGGCUUUUGAAAGCCAGAGUGCCAUGCAGGUCGUCGGCUACAACAUGACCAAGGUCGCGGCGGACAAAGUAUUCAAGGAUGCCGGUUUUGCGGAUGGGCAAGGCCGUGAUCAGGUUGGUGUUUUGGAACUGCACGAUUGCUUCGCCGCGAAUGAGCUCGUCAUGUAUCCCGCCCUCGGUCUCUGCGCUGAAAAUGAGGCGCACAAACUAGUUGAACGUGGAGACAAUACGUACGGCGGCAAAUUCGUUGUGAACCCCAGUGGCGGGCUGGAGGCCAAGGGACAUCCUCUUGGCGCGACGGGUCUUGGAAUGCACUUCUAUAUUGCAAUGCAACUGAGGAACUGGGCCGGCCCAAUGCAGGCUCCAGGAUUGUUUGAGGGUUCUGAACAAGGCAAAUACGGAUUAGUCCAUAAUGUUGGUCUCGGCGGUGCCGUUGUGGUGUCUUUACUCCGCCGUCCAGAGUUUUUCAAGCCAGGCGGCGAGGACGGUCGUACCAGGUUGGGAUAUAACCACGCCCACGAGUGCCGACCUGUGACUAUGCAAGACGUCGACAAGGUGAAGUCGAAGAAGAAUUCGCCCUUCGUGCUGCAACACGCCAAGCUCUGA